CCGCUGCGUUCACUUUGAAGUACUUCAACUAUGUCCCACCCACCAAUAUUACGGCCGCUUACGCUGUCGCUACGCGCGACAUGCCUCUCGUCUAGAGGCUCUUUCGACUUGCAAGGCUCCGCUAGCCUGCGUUUUGCUCGCUACAAGUCAAACAAAGCUGCCAAAGCGUCGGCGAACGUCAAGCACACCCCACCCUCUACAAGCCAAGUAGAGGCGGCACUUAAGCAUGCAGAAAAAGGCGGGCCUACCGAAGUUGAGAAAGAGAUCCUUACCUGGCCCGAAUAUCUUUCCAUUCGCAAGAGCAAGCGGCGGUGGGAGACGGCAAUGUCAAUACCCCUUACUUUCUUGGGCUUUGCGGGAGGCGUCAUGUUCUUCGGCGAGAUGCAGAUGGACCCGUCAAAACCAAUCUUUAAUCUUGACCCUAUGAUCGUAUAUGGUGCCGGCACACUUGCCUGUGCAGGCUUUGGAUACCUCCUGGGGCCUAUGAUUGGUUCAACAAUAUGGCGAAUGAGCCAUCGCAAGGCAAUGAGGCUCGUUGAGGCCAAGGACCGCGAGUUCCACCAGCAUGUUGUCAAGAAUCGUGUAGAUCCAACUGCUCAAAGCGCUACGAAUCCUGUGCCAGAUUUCUACGGCGAAAAGAUUGGUUCACUCCAUGAGUAUAGACAGUGGCUGCGAGACCAAGCGAGGUUUAAACGCAAAUCAAUCCUUCCUGAAGACUAAUAUGUCUUCUGUUGAUGACUAGCACAGUCUCCACUCCAUCCACACAUAAUUAUCUACUAGCAUCGAACUUGCGAUAGGCAGUCGUUAGUCACCAUCGGUUCUACUCGGAGUAGGUAUGUCCGGUCGAAUGAAUGUCGUUUGUAGCAGAUUCGUUGGCUCCCGCAUGACAAAAUGAUGUGGCGAAGGCUCAUUUGCAAGAGAUCACGUCGCUGUUUAUUCUGGCUCCUGCGUAUGUCUCGCACCGCGCUGUGUUCCGCUGUGAGAGCGCAGACUUCUGUUUGAAUAGGUGGAUACAGCAGAGUCUUCUAAGCGCUCGAUGUGUGGUGGGUAUGAUUCGUUGAGGUGCAGU